GUAAAAAAUAAUAAUAAUAAUAAUAAUAAUAAUAAUAAUAAUAAUAAUAAUAAUAAUAAUAAUAAUGUAACAUUUUAUUUAUUUAUUUUUUAAUACCUAAAAAACCCCACCAUUGCCGCCAAACACCAAGUAAUUGAGUUUUUCGGUGGUAUUUGAAUUAAAAGGGGGGUUUUGGGUAGAAAAACGAAAGUGGGUGGGAGGUGAUGGAUUACAGCUUAGCAGCUUUGAAGUUGUUGUGCUCGCAAUUGAAACACGCCCGUGAAACCCCAUCUCAGAGCGCAUUGACUCUCGGUGGGAUUCUCUUCCAGCGGGCCUGGUUGCAGGGCAUUCUGGUCUAUGUCUCCCCCGACGGUGACCGCUUGCUUCUCGAUGAUGCCACCGGUGUCGCCGAGCUCCACCUCUCCGCCGACUUCCGUCUCCGUCCUUGGAAUAAUGGAAUGUAUGUUCUGGUGGUUGGAGCGUAUGUUAUUCGUACGGGUGAACCACCCAUGAUCAAGUGCUGCAGUUGGGUCCUCGGAGUUGCAACCUCCAAAUCUCUUUCGAAAAUGUUUAAUCUUGGGAUUAUCAUAGUUUAUAAGAAACACGUUCAGUUCUUAGUUUUCUGCUCAGGUUCGCAGGUUUUGUUUUCCAGUUUCUAUCGAAGAAGAAUGAAUGCAGCAAGCUUUUGAAUAUCCAUGUUUUAAGAAAACACAUGGUUUGCUACUGCCUGGAUUAGUGAGCCCUUUGGCUGAUACUUAUGAAGUCUUUGAAAUUUAAGAAAACAGAAUUAUGCAAUUUACAAAAUGCGGUUAUUGUAUACAACUUAUAUGUUAAAUAAAUGAAUGAGUUUCAGCUUAUUUUGAGGCUGCCAUUAUUUCUGAA